AGAGAGAGGGAGGAUUUGUGGCAUAUAGUGUGUCAGCUGUCAUUUGGUGCAGAUGACACACACACACACACACACAAAGGUAUUCUCAAAGAGAAAAAAAGGAAAUACAAAACGCUUGUGUGGUUGAGUGCCGUGUGUGUGUUGUGUUGCUUGUGUGCAUGUGCCAGUGAGUGAGUGAGUGAGUGUGUGUGUGUGUGUGUGUGUGUGUGUGUGUGUGUGCGUGGUGUGAAAAACAACGCGUCCGCCCGGCCGGCAUGGGAUGAUCGGCCGGCUCUGGACUGGUUAUGGACUGGUUUAGCCAAAGCUCAGGUGCUGAUUUUUGCUGAAGAUGAGUAGUGGGGGGGGAAACACCCCGGAGCCCCUCAGAGGGGGAGAGUCUCUGAAGAGGAAGGAGUGUCAGGUGGACCUCCUGCUGGGGCCCAGCCCGAAGAGGGGCACAGAGAGGAGGAACCGGGAGCAGGAGAACAAGUACAUCGAGGAGCUGGCCGAGCUGAUCUUCGCCAACAUCAACGACAUGGACGACCUCAAUGUCAAGCCGGACAAAUGUGCCAUCCUCAAAGAGACGGUGAAGCAGAUCCGGCAGAUCAAGGAGCAGGAAAAAGCCCCAGUGGCUGAUGCUGAGGAGGUGCAGAAGGCCGACGUCUCCUCCACAGGACCGGGUGUCAUUGACAAAGACGCCCUCGGGCCCAUGAUGCUGGAGGCCCUCGACGGCUUCUUCUUCGUGGUCAACAUGGAGGGCAACAUCGUGUUCGUCUCGGAGAACGUGAGCCAGUACUUGCGCUGCCAGCAGGAGGAGCUGAUGAACACCAGCGUCUACAGCGUGCUGCACGUCGGAGACCACGCAGAGUUCGUCAAGAACCUGCUGCCCAAGAGCCUGGUCAACCAUCGCAGCGGUGAUUCGUCCAACAGGAACAGCCACACGUUCACCUGCCGCAUGUUGGUCAACCCGCAGGCCGCCGGCGAGGCCCAGGCGGCGUCUGACCAGCAGGAAGCGCUGCAGCAGAAGUACGAGACCAUGCAGUGUUUUGCCGUCUCCGAACCCAAAUCCAUCAAGGAAGAGGGCGAAGAUUUCCAGUCAUGUCUCAUCUGCGUGGCAAGAAGAGUCCCCGUCAAAGAGAGACCUGUGAUGCCCGCCUACGAGAGCUUCACCACGCGACAGGACCUUCAAGGUAAGAUCACGUCGCUGGACACCAGUCUGCUCCGUGCCUCCAUGAGGCCGGGCUGGGAGGACCUGGUCCGACGUUGCAUUCAGAGGUUUCACCUGCAGAAUGACGCGGAGAUGUCCUUCGCUAAGAAACACCAGCAAGAAGUGUUGAGGAUCGGCCACGCUCUCAGCCCGCUGUACAGAUUCUCCCUGGCUGACGGCAACGUUGUGUCGGCUCACACCAAGAGCAAGCUGGUCCGAUCUCCAGCCACCAACGAACCGCAGCUCUACAUGUCGCUGCACAUCCUGCAGAGGGAGAACAUGAGUGGCAUGACUGCAGACAUGCCGGGCGGACAGAGCUUGACCAAGCCAAUGACCCCAACCAGUGUGAGUGGUCCCUCCCCUUCCCCUGAUGCCAGUGUCACCAGCAACACCUCCAGCGCCCCCGGACGUGGUUUUAACGCCGCAUCGGGUCGGGCGCCCACGCCUCAGGCGCUCAAGCUGGGCAGCCCUUUGGCCCAGGGGAGCCCCAGCGUCACGUCAGGGGCCCAGGGUGCCAUGUUGUCUCCUCGCCAUCGCCAGAGCCCCGGCAUGGCGGCUAGCAGCAGCAGCAGCUGUAGUAGCCCCCACCUGCAACAUCCCCCUGGCUCUUUCUCUCCUGCAGCCGGACUCCACUCGCCAGCGUCCGUAUGCAGCAGCACAGGAAAUAGCCAAGGGUUCAACUCCCUUAGUGCAUUGCAAGCUCUCAGCCAGGGCCACAGGGUUUCCCAGGGACUCGCCGAGGGGCAGCGUCCAGAGUCACCCGACAGAAAGCCGUUUGGCCUUCAGAGCCCUCUUCAUAGCAGCAACAGUGGGAGCCAACAAUCCAAGAACAAUCCCAGCUUAGAGGCCGAGUUGUUGGGAACCUUUGGGGAGCAGCAAGAUUUGCCGUCCCCAAGCCAGGACGGAGAGCAGGAGAAAGAUGGCGAUAGCUUGGAAGGUCAUGAAAGCUCAGGGGACCACGGCGACGUCGCAAAUCACCUUCUGAACACAAAGGGUCACACGAAGCUGCUCCACCUCCUCACCACCAAAUCAGAGUCCUCGGAUCCUUGCUCAUCACCCCCGGUGGGGGACGACCAGAACUGCAAGGACCAGCUGGGCGGGAUCGGGCUCGCGGGUGGCAACAACCACUCCACCUCGCUCAAGGACAAACACAAAAUUCUCCACAGGUUGCUGCAGAACAGCACCUCGCCUGUGGAGUUGGCCAAGCUGACGGUGGAGGCCACCGGGAAAGACCCCGUCGGCCCAGAGUCGACCUCGGGGGAUGCCGUGGCCGCCAUGGCCGCCCUGGGGGAGCUGUGCACAAAGCAAGAGCCGGGCAGCCCCAAGAAGAAGGACAAUGCGCUGCUGCGCUAUCUGCUGGACAGGGAUGACAACGGCAUCCUGGACAAAGCCAUCAAGAUUGAGCCCGCCGACGGACCCCAGCUGUCCAGCGUUAAGACGGAGACGCAGGAGGCGGACUUCAACGUGCCGGAACAGACUAGUGAGCUGGAGGACCUGCUGGAGGACCUGCAGAGCGGCGCCCAGCAGCAGCAGCUGUUCACAGGCCGCCCGCCAGUCAGAGGGCCGGCCUCCUCUUCGUCCCCCUCUACCUCUGUGGCGCCCGGUCCCUCCGUGGACAAACAGAGCAUCAUCAGUGACAUCCUGCAGAUGACGGACAGCGGCGGCGGGGGCAGCCCCCCCAACCAGCACAGAGCCUUCCCUCCCAUCAGCCCCGCGGCAGGCUUUAACAGUGCCAGGCCGGUCCAGCCGGGUCGAGGUGCUCCUCCAGUCAGGAUCGCCUCUGUGGACAGCAGCGUGGGCCCCAACGCUGGCAGGCCGUUCCCUCCUCAGCACAGGAACAACGGGCCUUACUCCUUACUGCAGCAACAACAACAACAACAGCAGCAGCAACAACAACAACAACAACAGCAGCAACAGCAAGGCAUGAUGGGAACUCACGCAGGCCUGGCCAAUCCAGGCAUGCUGAGUAACGGGUCCAUGCGGGGCUCCAUGCAGCAGGGCUGGGGUCCCCAGGGGCCCAUGGGGGCCACCGCGGGGCCAAUGACGAGUCGGAGCCCUUGGCACGCGAGAUGCCCGCCCGGGUCCAGAGCCAUGGUCGGCAUGCAGAUGAUGAGCAACGAGAUGGAGAUGGGAAACCCCGCCUACACUCAGCAACAGGCUCCGCCCAAUCAGACUGCGCCGUGGCCAAACCGGAUGAUGGCCGUGGAUCACUAUGGCAACCAAAGCAGGUCACCGUACGGCGCCCCCCAGGAGGAUGGGAUGCGGUGCUGCGGCUCGGGGCCCGAGGGCCCGCCGGAUGAAGGGGCCCUGCUGAACCAGCUGUGCUCGGUGUUGAAGGACUACGAGGGUCUGGAGGAGAUCGACAAGAUGCUGGGGAUCCCGACUCUGGCCGGACAGGGCCCAAUGUCGGACCAGGACCAGUACCUCUGCUCUUCGGACCCGGCGGCCAACAUGAAGCAUUUCCUGUACGGUCAGCACUACGCAGUCCCGCCGGGUUACGGCGGCCCGACGAGUUAUGGCGGCGCUCCUCCCGACGGGGGCUUCCACAGCCCGUCUAUGAGUGGCCACAUGGGGCCGCAGAGGAUGCCGUCCGCCGGCUACCCCCCGAUGAUGAGGAUGCCGGGAGGCGCGGGGCCCAGGCCGGUCGGGAUCCGGCCGGUGGGUCCCGGUCCAGGAGUGCCCCCUCAGCCCAACAACCUGAGGCUCCAGCUGCAGCACAGACUCCAGGCUCAGCUGAACCGGCAGCCAAUGGUGAACCAGAUGAGCGGAGUGUCCAAUAUGAAUCUACCUCUAAGGGCCAAUCUACCAACCCAGGGAACCCUCAACGCUCAGAUGCUGGCCCAGCGUCAGCGCGAGUACCUCAGCAACCACCUCCGCCAACGCCAGCAGCAGCAGCACGUGCAGCAGCAGCGCGCCAUGAUGAUACGUGCGCAGGGUAUCGGCAUGACGCCCAGCGUGCCCAGUGGGAGCGCCGCCCCCACCAACCCGCGGCUCCCGCAGGGCAACCCGCAGUUCCCCUACCCGGCCUCCAGCUACGGUACCGGCCUGCCCUCUCCUCCUCCACCUCCUCAUCCCGGCUCCUCCAGCCCCUUCUCCUCCCCUCUGUCUCCCGGCUGUCACCCGGCUAACCAGGGCAUGGUGGCAAAUGUAGGCGGGCAGUACGGCGGGGUGAUGAGCCCCCCGUCACAGCACGGUGCCUACCAGUUCAGCGGCUCAGGAAUGAGCCAGCAGCAGCAGCAGGACCCCGUGUCGGGUUUCCCGUGCGGGGCUGCGACCCCGCAGAGCCCGCUGCUGUCCCCCAGGAUGGGUCAGGUUCAGAGCCCCAUGCUGCAGCAGAACCAGGCCCAAGCCCAAGCCCAGCCCCAGGGUCCGACCCAGCGAGGAGCUCCGGCCUACCAGCCGAGCAGCGGCUGGCCGCAACCUGCCAACAUCUCCCCCAGCAACAGCGUGUACCCCCAACAGUCCCAGUCGCAGUACUCCGCACAAGCCAACGGAGGAAUGUACAACGGCAACGUGAACCUGGGAGUCGGGGGCAACAACGGGGGCAACAUGACCCACAUGCCCGGACCGAUGAGCUCCAUGAACACGGAGCAGGUGAGGGACGGCAGCCUGAUCCUGGAGCAGCUGGCGAAUAUGGACAUGUUGACGCAAGAGGGUGAAGCCAAUUCUAAUUUCUGCUGACCCCGGCUGUGGUCGAGUCAAGGUGACGCAUGCAAAGACCCCCGAGGCUCCCGGAGGAGCGUCGAGGAGUUGAGGACCUCUGAUGGGAACGCCGCUCGCUCCGCCGACUCUGAGGCGCUUUCGGGGUGGGGGGGGGGGGGGGACGACCAUAAAUACUGUUUAUGAAGGGUACUUUUCAUUUCUGUGCUUGUGUGUGAAACUGAAACAGUUCGACACUGGAGAGGAGCCUCAACGACACCUCUGGAUCUCAUCCGUUGGGACUGAAGACGUCAAAAUCAGAAGGUUUAUGAUGAAAUAUUUUACAGGUAUUUGUAGUUUUGAAGAAGUUUUAGAGAUUCUCUUUGUAUCUUUUUGUUUAAGAAAAAUCUCUCGAAAACGGUACAUUUCUAUGUCAAUUUUAAAAUUAAUAUAUUUCUGCUGUAGGAGCUGUAUCCAUAUUUAAUGACUUUUUGAAUGAAGGUGAAUGUGUAUAGAUGGUGUACAUACUUAGAUUUAAAACACCCCUUUUUCCUCUGUGGUAUUGCAAAAACAGCAAUUUGGAGUUUUAGUUCAACAAACAGCACAUAAAUAUUUCUUUGGUUAAAGGAAACCUCGGUGGGCGGAGCUCAAGAACCACAAGACAACAAUUUCUAUAUAUAUAUAAAUUGUCUCAAACAGUGCAGAAAUACUGUUACAAGAAAAUGCAUUCAAAAUGUUACUAAAGUAGAAAAGUAUUCAAUAUAUUCUAUACUAAAAGUACUCAUGAUGCAGAAUGGCCCAUUUUAGAAAAAUAUAUGUUACUACUAAAUUCAAAUUCACUGUAAUGUUGCAGUCGUUAAAGGGGAAGCGAAGGUUAAUUACUUUAUAUACUGCCAUGUGUUUUAUUCCAAAAUAACAUACAUACAUAACUUACCUCAAAAUGUGAGUACGGUACAUUCGAGUACAUCCUCGAGGAUGUAAUUGUUCAUGAACGUCAGUCCAAAUUUAAUCAGAAGUAGUUUGCUAUCUCCGCCCACUGAGAUUUAACCAAUGAGAUGGUUUCCUGCUCAAAAGCAGCUCUGCCCCUAAAAGAAACUGAUGAAACUCCUCCCCUCCGCCACUGAGGUGUAGUUCUCCUACGACGGCGUGAAGGACACUUUUAAAAAUGUGUCUCCACGCACUCUAGCGUACUGGUCAGGAGUAGCAACCAGUAUGAGAAGAAGGUUGCGUUGAUCCUGGUUCCCCCUGCGCGUCCCGUCAAGCUUUCAGGACCUGAUUUUACAAGAACCCCACUGAGAGGAAAUGAAAAGCCAUUGAAAGGGUCCUGAAUGUCAAACUCUCUGCAAAGGUUUUACGGCAAUCAAGAGCGUCAGCUCGUGUACAGUAACUCCUAAUGUGUAGAUGAAAAUGAAGUAUCUUCUCUUGAUUGUGACUGAUACAGUACAAAUAUAUAUAUUCAUUGAAGAUUUUUUCUUUAUUCAGAGAUGAAUAUUUUACAAAUUGCAAACUACUGUAAGUGUAAGUACCUUUUUUAAGAUGCUAAAGACGAAGCACAAUGCCUUAGAUCUGUGAUUCUCCAUGUAGUGAGUCUUCUACCACCUCACGCUGUCGGUGUAAGAACCUUUUACAUUUCGUCCCCCAGGAGGAGACGUUUUAACCCGCGUAUCAAUAAUUACAAUAAUUACUUUGUCGGCAGUUAAAUUGACAGUCGUUUUAAUUUUGAGCUGCUUGUUUCCUUUUUAAAUUGCAUUAUAUUGUAGCCAGAAAAGCAAGAAGUGACCGAACCUUUACUACUGAUACAAAUAAGAAACCGGAAAUACCAAAUCAAUGCGCAAAAGUUGGAAAAUCAAGACAUCAUUUUGAAUUUUUCUGUACAAAAUUCCACAAGAGAUGCUCUUGCGGUCGUGGAAAGACUUUGAAAUGUAGGCAAUCUGAGACCAUUUUAUUUGGGCAAACAAUGGCACCUCUUUUACAAGCAGCGACGUCCGCUGCUGAGAAACGAAGCAAAACAAAACUGCAGUUCUUCAAACGGCCACAUGAGGCUUCGAAAGCGAGUCAUUCCCCCAUAGACCUCUAUAUUAAAAUGUCCAGCUUUCACGGCAGAAAUAAACAUGUUUACAGCCCGGUACAAGAAAACGGUUUCCGCCUCUACAGCUAAUACCCCAGAUCAUGACAACUGUACAUGGUUUUUAAAUAACUCACCCGUCACGGAGACUACUUCCAUAUUUUUAUAUGGUGUAUAUGGUCUUAAACCAUUUAAAGCAAACAAAAAUAAAUCUAUUAUACUAAAUAGAGGAAAGAUAAACACUAAGAUUGCAUAAAGGUUCCUCCUAAUCAACUGGAAUGUUUUCACUCGGCUAUAUUUCACAGAGCUCUCAAUAGCCUGCUGUUCAUAUUUGACCAUUUUUCCAUUUAAACCACAACAUGUAGAUUUUUUUUAUUUUUUUGAUCUGUUAUUAGCAUCUUUAAAUUCUUUUUAAUUUUAAGUUCUUGUUUGUAGAAGAAAAGAAAAUAUUAACAAUCCUUGAAAAAGAAUCGUUAAGUCACGGCGUCGCUUUCUACCACCAGAUGGCGCCAGAGUCGCGAAGUGUCCUAAUCCUUCACGUAGUGGCUUUGCGAUCCCACCGGGGAACAACAAUGCAAUCGGAGAACGUGAAUGAUUAUUUUUUUCCUGUAUUGUUGCAUCAUAACUUAUAUUAUUAACGGCAUAUUUACAACAUAGACAUCUGGAGCUGCCGAGCAAAUUAGGUCGCCGUGCUUUUUGUAGCUCGACGGGGAGACUUUAUGGCCUUUUUAUGGCUAAAGUAUUUCAUAUUACAUCAUUGUGCAGGUCAGAAGGUUUGGACUUUUAAAACCAGAGUAAAACUACGACGACACUGAUUUCCUUUGUGCUGUAAUGUAGUAGAUAACAUAAUUAUAUUAUUAUAGAGAAAGAGUUUCACAAUGUUUGAUUAGAGAAAUAUGUCAAAGUUGUUCAACGUUUUUCGGUAUUUUAUCUUUUUUUCUUCUUCUCUCUCUGCCCUGAUGUUCAUAUUCAAUAUCUCAGCGGUGACGCAGUCCGAUAAACACACACAGUUUAUUCAGUGUGGCUGUUUUAUUAUGCAAAAGUCCAGACGUUCACACCACUUUAUGCAAGCUGUAGACUCUAAUGUUGCUUUUUGCCAAAGCUGCUCGUUAAUUUAUGAUUCAUGUCACUGUAAAUAAAUUAUUUUUAUUGAG